AUGCCAUCCUCAGGCCUCCGUUGGACUGCGUACCAUCUCAGGACUGGGGAUCAAAACGAAAAAAAAAAACGUUACAAGAAGAGAAAGAAAAGAGUCGCACCUCAGAAAAUUGACGAUGAUAGGGAGGAGCCUGUUACUGAUGAAGACGAUGAAGAAGAACAGUCAAGAUCUUCUGUCAAUUUUGCAUUGCUUGGUGCUGGUAUAAUGGUGUUCCUGUUCAUAUUUGCUGGACUGGCUUGUCUGUGGUAUGUUGCUUUGAUUUUCUAAUGAAAGAGACUUUCCUCGUUUGUGUGAUCGAUGUAAUCUUAGGUUCUUUAUGAAACUGUCUUAGUCGUGGCCGACCAAUGCCAACUGCCAAUGUUUAAUAAGAAUGUUUUAAGACAGGAACUGAUGAUAGUUGACACUGUUUAGUGAUUGCUUUUAAAUUCACCAUGAACUUAUAACUAAUUUUUUUUACAUUCCGUUUACAUAAAGGUAGAGCCGACUUUAAAUUGGCAAGCCUCGCAAAAAACAAGAAAGCAAAUCAUGUAGCUAGUAGUUUUGUUUAACACGUCUUCAUUGGCGGAUUUAUUACUAGGUUUGCGUUACGAUAAACUAACUUGUAUAUCGAGGACGUACGUACUUUUUAUGUUCCAGCAGGAUUUGUAAUACCUUUCCCCCAAUUCCUCCACAAGAUGUUAUUUCCGAGUUAUAGAUAUUGAGUCACGGAAGUUUUGUCAGUUAAAGCUGGUUUACAUAAAAGCCGUCUAAAAAAGUAUACAUCUAUCAGAGUUUUGAGUUAGUAUUAGUUGUCAAAAAGAAAAAAAUAUAUGUAAAACUAUAUUUUUUUUCUUUUUCACAACUAAUAUUAACUCAAAACUCUGAUAGAUACAUACUUUUUUAGACGGCUUUUAUGACUAGAAUAUUUUAUUAGGUAUUAACCCUUGAUAAAAUAAUCUAGUCUAAAAUUAUAGUAAGGAAUCAAAGAAGCUGGGGAAGCAAGCAGUUCCAAUUCAGAUUUAAAUAAGUUCAUUGAGACUUGCAUUCACGCAAAUUCACGAGUAAUUUUUUUUCCAAACGAAAUUCGCCCAUAUAGCCAAAACGUUUUUUGGUUUUGGGAAGAGGCAGUUGAAAUCUAGAAUAAAAGCUCCUUGAAUUAUAGGUGGACCCCAUUUUCAAAACUUUGUGUUAUAGGUUCUCAGGUGCGAUAUUGUUGUACUCCUUGAACAUUUCUUCAAUUCUGCGUAUAGAGAGCUCGUCCCAUCCAAGCUCUUGGAGUAGGGGGCUGAGAUAGAAUCAUAACUGGAAAAGGUUAUGAUCCUAGCUGCGCGGUUUUGUAGUUUUUGAAGCUUCAGAGAAAAUUCUGAAUCUAGCCCCUCCCAAACAACGCUUUAAUAGUCAAGGUACGGUCGGAUGAGAGAGUACACUGUGUUUCGAGGGUCGACGGAGGAACAAAUUGUCUCGCGCUCCGAUUGCGCUGAUUAAUUCUCUAUAUGUGGUGCCCGUGUAAGCGCCUCGUCAAAGCAACGUGUACACCAACAGAUUUGGUAGAUGUUGCUUUACAGAAAUCGGUGGAUGUUUGAUUCUUUCUAGUCUCACUGUCCACUCAAUCAGUUUGUUAGAAGUCUUUCGGCUGCUCUCCUGCCCCUCACCACCGUUCACAAUUAUAGCACUUUUGCUCUUUAAUGUCACUUGCAGGAGAACGUGUAAGAAAAGAUGCUUACGGAGAAAACACCGUGACCUGACUAACUCCAGCGAGCGGAUUAGCCAGGAAGAGAAAAUAAACUGCGGGACGCGGACAUCAAGGGACUCUGAUAGUCAUAAACCCAAACCAAAUCCGUCAUCUUACCAACUGGCAGCCACACACUUUGAUGCCCAAUCACCAUGGACCGUAACAGACACUCCCCCUUUGAUGGCAGUUUCUCCUAGAGAAAACACUUGCGUGGUGGUCGAUAUUCCUGACUCAAAUCUAGCUUCUGAAGGACAUACUGCUUGUUCCAUUGUUGAUCUCUCUGAAUCCAGUCCAGUUUGUGUGGUUGUUGAUGCUCCUCAAGCCGACUCCCACGAGGUUGUUGAUGUACCUGACUUGAGCUCUCCGGACACCUCUUUUACCUGUUCUUCCUUAUCUAAUAUGUUUUCGUGGUUUUCUUCAUCAUCUUUGACGUCCGUUUCCUCACUUGAUAUAACUUCAGCAGAACCAGAAGCCUCAUCUCUGUUUCCAGAACCUGUAGCCCAGUGCUCCUCACUAACACCUAUUUCUAGAAAAACCCUAAAGGCAGAAACUGAACUCAACGACGACCAAAUAGUCUCGCCAACCGUUGAACUGGAAAUAGUUAUCGAUGUGCUACCAUCCGAGCCUCCGAUUCCACUGACCAUCGAACCAGAGUCUUCUUUACCCUCGGCGGAAAAACAGGCACUCCUGGAAUCUUGUCUCUUGAUUCAUCCGGCCUCGCCCAAGCAAUCUUCGCCCUUCAGUUUACCCCUUUCCACCUCUGACGAAGCAACACGAAUAUUUGCCUUGGAAACAGAAAAUGUUAACUCAUCCCAACUCUCUUGCAAAACUCCUCUGGCAGUGACAGGUGAUGUAAUGUUGACUAUUCAAGACGAAGGUGAAGUUUUUCUUCGCGCACGCAAGACAUCAGGAGCUGAAACUACAAUGAUGACCCGGAAUAGUGAGAAUGAAAAACACGUUAUACGGAACGUGGAAAGUCGAAGUCCUGCAAGUGACAUAUCUGGCGUGUCUACAAAAACCUUUGUGGAAGAUUCCGAUGUGAAAGGUAAUGUUAAGGAUAGUUGUGCAGCAAGGGCUGAAAACGGCAAUGAUGGCGUGACAUUGAUUAAAAAUGUUGUUGUUGUUGACACUUCAGGAGCGACAGGUUUGCCUGGAAAUCCUGAGAUUGAAAGGGAGAGUGAAAUCUAUGACGUCACCAGCCAGCAAAAGGAUGGCGUCAUGGUAAUCGGAAACGGCACAAUCGAGAUUUCUGGCCUGACUUGCGGCAAUAAAGAAUUCCUAACGAUGACCAGUGGUGAGUCUUUUAACCCUAAUGUCUAACUUCACACUCUCAUUUGUUGUCCCUAUCACAUUUUCAAUAGAAGAAGUGGAGAGAAUUUUUUGAUUCAGAAAUAUCAAGUCGAUUCACUUUCUCUGAUCAUGUUGUCAAAUCUCAUGAUCAUUCUGUCUUAUAAAGAAUUGAUGUUAUAAGGAGAAAUUUCAAGCUGAUCACUCUUAGGGUUUAAAAUAUCAAUGGUAAAAUUUCUUUUUUCUAGCAAAAAUACAUGACAUUUACACACAAAAUCUGCACUUAAGGUGAUUCCCUAGUAAAAGAACCUAACAUAGAUUGUAGAUGAAACUUGGGACACUGAUGUAAGGAGUCAAGAAGAUGAAAAAAAAGUAAUAAAAAGUGGGGGUCACCGUGCUCGUUUUGACGUCACAAUGCUGAGAAAUACGGCUAUUUUUGACCCUUUGUCAAAAACCGCGCGCAGCCCAAAACAAGACAAAAACGAGAGAUUUUUUCGAUGAUGCAUGUGAUAUCGCACAGAAUUUGACUUUAUUGUAUUGUUUAUCCACUAACAAACCAGAAAAAUACCUUUUAAUGCUCCUGUUUUUAUUUUACGCCCCAAAGUAGAAUUGAAUUGGACACGCGCUAUUCGACCCGUGAUAGCUCAAUCCGUACAAUUUAGUAAAAUUGCCAAAAAACUGAACAUAGAUUUGUGCCAAUUUUUUUCUCAUCGAAAGGAAGCACUGUCCUUAUUAAAAUCAUGAAAUAAAAAAUGGGGGUCACCUUGCUCGUUUUUGCGGUAGAGCUGCAGAAAGUGCGCACCAAAUGCAUUUUCUCCGAGUUUUGAGAGAGGACUGGGGCGAGUUUCAAAAUAGAAUUUAUGUGAAAGGGGGAAGAAAGUUUUAAAAAAUCUGUUUUUACAGAAUUUACAUCGAGAUAUCACAUUUAGGAUACAAUGUGAUAAAGAAAGCGUUUAAAUAAAAAUCAAAGUGAGUAAUCACAAGUUAAACAUCCACUAUCGAGGUUCUCCGUGAGGAAGUCGAACUCAGCAACACGCGUACUGCUUACGUUAUGCACAUUCGCAACACAAUGAGUCUCACCUCGGCAAGAAACAACCGUAAGCAACUUCAUUUUAGUCAACUUUAGUCAACUUCAUUUUAAUAAUGUUACUUCACAUGCUCUUGUUUACGGCGGCCAUCUUGUUAUGCGCAGUAAGAGAUGCGCAAUGCAAAACCAGGGAAUCACCUUAAAUCAGUAGCGAGUGUUUUGUUCUUUCUUUUGCGUCUCUUGAAAUGGAAAAGAGGUUGUCUCACGCUGUAAUCACUUUCCUUGUCAGAAAGGAAAUUAACGAAUAUUAGUGUGUUUAACGGUAUGCGGAAUGAAGGCAACAAUAAUAUUCGCAGUUUUACCUGAUACAAGCUUUCAGUUAUUUCAGCAUCGUUCUGGGAACGAAGUCUAGGUAAUGUGGACCUAGGGCGAGCGAGAAAAUGAACCGCGUGAAGACUGAAAAGAGAGUCCUCGUCCGUUUCUUACUAUUGAUUCGCGAGUUUUGUUACUGUUACCAAAAAUUCAGAUUAGCUCAUUUUGUUGUUCCACUCAAAUUUUUAUCCUCUUCAAUCUUUUAGGAACUCCUUCAACAGUUACUCGGUCCUUGGAAGAAAACAGCACUGCGGAUGCCAAUAGUUCUUUUAUCUGCUUCAAAUAG